AUGUUUAAUGGUAUUAGAAUAUCAAUUAGAAGACUUGCUGGAGGAGCCGCUAAACCACACUGGGGAGAACCGCCAAAACAUAGAUGGCAGCCCUUUCUGCUCGAUCGUACACAUUAUGGAGAACAUCCAACAUAUAACGGAUUCGUCUUGCUCUUACGUUAUUUGAGACCAAGAAUAGAGAAGGUAUUAUCGUCGACUUUCUCAACCCUGUCUUCUCUGUCGCUUUCAUUAUAUAAUCCCGUCAAAAGAUUAGUUUUAAAACACAACCCAGAUAUCAGAUACGACCUUGGAAACAUGUUAAUGCUGGGAACUGCAGAUGACUUGAAUGAGCAAGGGUUUUGGAACUCGAUGUCUGAGGAUAAGAAGGAAAGAGAGAAAUAUUUUGAGAAGGAGCAGGACCGCCUAAAUAAGCUAUGGGAGAGAGCACUUGAAAAGGCCACAGUGAGUGAGAGUUUUGAGGAUCUUUGUUCGUUUGUAGUUCCAAAGUCAUAUGAAGUUCCAACAGGAGUAGUUCCUCCAAUUUUAUAUUUUAAUUUUUAUUUUAAUAUUGGUUUAGGGAGAUUUAACAUGAUUCAGUAUGGAAAGGACAAUGAAGACAGUCACACCUUUGACACUCCGUCACAUGAACAGCCGCUGAGGUCCCUUGCACUCAACUUCACCUAUAAUAACCUGUCUGGGGACUGGGGAGAUUAUAUUAACAGGCAGGAUAAUAAAGGACCAUUGAUGAGGCCUUCAAGACAAAUGUUCACUGAUAUUUUCAUACCCGGCACUAAAUAA